AAAGGUCCACCUUUCCGUCCCGCUGCCAUGGUGCGAAGCCGGCUGCGGGAGGGGGCGGGGCAAGCUGACGAUACCCCGGUGCGCAAGGGCAGCAAAGAGGGGACCAGAAAGAAGGGCCGACGACCGGUGGGAAGCCCACUAGACAGUGACGACGAGGAUGCCUUUGGGGCUUGUGACAACUGUGAGGAAGAUGAGGAAGGACUGGAAGGUUUGGGAGUGCCAUUAGAUUCAGUUGUCAAAGUUUGGUGCGUCCACAGCACCCCCAACUUUUCGCUGCCAUGGCAGCGGCGACGGCAGUACCGUUCCAGCGGGUCCGGUUUCGUGAUCGAUGCCAAGAGGCGGGUGAUUCUGACCAAUGCCCACUGCAUCGAAUGGCACACGCAAGUGAAAGUACAACGCAGAGGCUGCGAUACCAAACACCUGGCGAAGGUGGUGUCAGUUGGCUGGGAGGCCGACUGUGCAGUCUUGACUGUAGAGAACGAUGAGUUCUGGCAAGACAUAAAGGUGGUACAGCUCAGCAAGAAGGUUCCCCAUUUGGAGGAGCAUGUCUUGUGCGUUGGCUUCCCGGUGGGUGGAGACACCAUCAGCGUAACCAGCGGUGUGGUCAGCCGAGUAGAGGUGAUGACCUAUGCAGCGGCAUGUUCGGAACUGCUGGGGAUCCAAAUCGAUGCGGCCAUUAACAGUGGCAACAGUGGAGGUCCUGCUUUCAAUGCCAAUGGUGAGUGUUUGGGCAUGGCCUUCCAAAGUUUAUCUUCCGAUUCCGCCGAGAACAUUGGCUACGUCAUUCCAACAGUUGUGAUCAUGCACUUCUUGAAUGACCUGCUUAAGCAUGGCAGCUACACUGGCUUUCCCACCAUUGGAGUGGAGACUCAAACCAUGGAAAAUCCACACCUCCGGGAAGCUUUUGGAAUGUCACCCAAACAGAAGGGCCUCUUGGUGAACAGGAUUGCGCCCACCUGCGCAGUAGCCAAGCUAUUGGAGGUCGGCGAUGUCUUGUUGUCCUUUGAUAAGGAACCCAUCGCCAAUGACGGCACUGUGGUUUAUAGAAAGCACGAGCGUGUGGCUUUUAGCUGGCUAGUGGCCCAAAAGUUCUAUGGCGAGCCAGCUGAAUUCACAGUGCUGCGUGAUGGGAAGACGCUGGAACUUCAGCUGGAGAAGCUCAAUCCCCAAGUCGCAUUGGUUCCCGUGCACCUUUUCAACUCCAAACAUCAGGUUCCCUCCUACUUGAUCGUGGCUGGUUUGGUCUUCACCACUCUCACUGUGCCGUUCUUGCGAUCUGAAUUCGGUGAAGAGUGGGAAUGUGAGGCGCCUGUCGAGAUCGUUCAUCGCAUCAUCCAUCAACGUGCAGAGGAGAAGGGCGAAGAAUUGGUGGUCUUGACUCAGGUUUUGGCACAUGAUCUCACAGUGGGCUACGAAGAGCUGGAGAACAUGCUGUUGUUGACCAUGAAUGGCGUGGUGGUGAAGAACCUCCGCCAGGUGCGCGACCUGGUGGAGGCGUGUCAGCCCGAGGAGUUCCUGCGCUUCACGUUGCACAACAACUUGAUCUUGGUGCUGAGGGCCGAGGAUGCGCGGAAAGCCACGCCUGAGGCGUUGGAGAAACAUGGCAUCCCCUCAGCUACAAGUCCUGACUUGGAUGAUGUGGAUGUGGAGGUUGAAGCUGGCGAUGUCAAAGCUGAAGCUGUCAGUGCGUGAGGCCCGUGAGGGGCUGGUGGAUUUGUCGCCAGGGCGAGCCAAGUUUGUGGCAAAACCCUGGGCCUGGACCAUCAAUGUCCGGGAGAAAGGCCCAAAAGAGGCCAUGGGAUCCACCACUUGGUUCUCAAAACGGUCAUGCGACAAAGCCAAACAUGUGAGCACAGCCAGCUAUCCGGGCCUCAAAUGAAAGAUAUCCAGGGGGGCAUAGGGUGUUGAUA